GCAUGUCUAUGAUAGGCGGUUACAGAUUUUCCUCACAGACUUUAGCUCCAAAGCACACUGACAACAUCUUCUUGGUAAGUUGAACAAGAUGAGGAGCAAUUUUAAGAUUUCUUUUGGUGGAAGGUCCCAUUAAAUGAUCCCUAACUACUGGAUUUUACAAGGGGGCAGUUUUCAUUUUCUCAAACUUCAGAUGAUACCUGUAGCUAGAAUUUUCUUUAUAUUUUUGUGGAUUGCUUGAGUGGAGAAUGACUUCAAGGAGGACAAUGACUCGUUCUUUCUCUGGGAAUGGGAGAACCAGCAGCUUCAGUGAAGAGGAGGGCAGCUCCUCCAGUAGUCGUUCAGAGAGCCGCAACACUUAUCUGUCAAAUGUUCGACCUGAAAACAGCUAUUCAAGGUAUUCUCACUACAAGCCAAAGAGGAGCACUCUGUGCAGUGUUAUGGCUCAGCUGACUGAAGACAUCCAGCCAACUUUUGAGACUACACUAAAACCAAAGGCAGUUUCAGAAAACUGUAACGUGAAAUUCUCAUGUGUGGUUUCAGGGUACCCCACUCCUGAACUGAAAUGGUAUAAGGAUGAUGUAGAAAUGGACAGGUAUUGUGGACUCCCCAAGUAUGAAAUCCGCCGUAAUGGAAAAACCCAUACUCUUCAUAUUUACAAUUGCACAUUGGAUGAUGCAGCAAUCUAUCAGGUCUCUGCCUCUAACAGUAAAGGAAUUGUUUCUUGCUCUGGAGUUUUGGAGGUUGGUACCAUGAACGAAUACAAGAUCCACCAGCGGUUCUUUGCUAAACUAAAGCAGAAGGCAGAAAGGAAGAAAAAAGACUUAGAAGACCAGACUAAAAAGGUAAGCAAAGAAAACAUACAGAAGAAAGAGCUACAAAGAAGCCCAGAACAUCCACAGAGGAAACGUUCCAUCCCACUAGCAGACAAACUGUCGGUGGAGCUGCCAGGAGAGGCUGCCAUACCAAAUGGAAUUGGCUCAGAUCUCAAAGACACGGACACUUCACCUAUAAAUGUAGAAUGUCGGCCUGAGGAAACUUUGGCCAGAAAGAGAAUUAGGAUUUCUAAUGUUGUAAACGUGGAGCCACAAGAGAGCAGUAACAGUGGGUCUGACAGAACCCACAUAAUGGGGAAUGGAGGCGAAAACUGCUAUGAUGGAGGAAUCGGUUUAGCACAGUUUUUAGCAGAGACUCUUCAGUCUCAAACUGCUGAGGAAAGACCGAUCUUACCUGAAGAAGAGCUCCCUAAAGACAUGGAUACAUCUACUUGCAGAGAAAAUAAAGAAAAAGAUCAAGAGGAGAUGAGAAACAAGUCAAACAAUCAGGAGAAAGCAUUACAGGAAGAGCACAAAAAAGACAAAAGAACAGAAGAGGAAUUAGUUGUGGACAGAGAAAAACAGCAGGAAAUGAUGCAUGCAACAGCUCACGGUAAAUGGAGUUCAGAUGUCAAUAAUCAGAACAAGGGUCAUAAGGAUCAUGAUCCCCACCAUAUCCAGGCAUCCAUUUCUUCGAUGUUCCACUCGGUUAAAGAUUUCUUCUUUGGCAAAGGUAAAAAGGACUCUCGGGAUAACAUUGAAAAUGAAGAUAAAGAAUUGAACAAAUCAAACACUAAAGUUCAGCCUUGUCAGCUGGACAUGCCUCCAUCAUUUCAUCUCCAGCCAGAGCAUACCCAACUCACACAGGAAAGUGUGUCCAUGGAGGUGGAAAAAACAGGUAUUCUUUCAGAAACGUUGGCUCAACAACAGUCGAUCUUCCCUGAAAUCAAAAGCCACAAUAUCAUUUUGCACACAGAGCAUAAUCCAGAAGUGUGCAAACCACUCACCGAAGAGCCUGCACCCCCUGUGAUGGAUAAAUCUAAUGACAUUUCAUUUCCUUUGAGCAUGGAGCAACAGUCAGCACCAAUCGAACGACUUGAAUUUAAGGAUGACUUUCUACACAAAGAAAUGCAAACCAAGCAUAAACUAUCACCUAAUAUCAUCCAGGAACGCACCUCUAAGAGAAAUGUAGAGGCUAAUGAUGCUGCCGAAGCUAUGAAGGUGUCUGUAGAGCAAGAAAACAGCAAACCACUUGAAGAUAAGUCACUGCUUGGACUUCCAAUUCACACAGAGGCUAACGGCAUGAUCUCUGAGGUAGUUUCUGCUGACAAAGAGGAGUCUAAUACAAAUGUAGUUUCGGAAGAGCCUAACCUCAAGGCUGGAACAGAUAUUUCUUCCCCAAAGGAAGAUUUGUCAGAUUUGCCACAUUUCCAAGUUCCAUUAAAAGAAGACUGCCCCCUAAAGCCAACUUUACCUAAUUUAGAGAAUUGGCAGCCUCCUUCUGAGAGUUUUGUCUCAGCGACAGACGGCCACAUUCUAGAAAUUGGUGACAAUGGAGUCAACACAAUGGGUGAUAAAAGGCAGUCUAACACAGAGAAGAGCCAGUCCCCCAACAACCUAUUUGGAGAAGAGAAAGAUGAAGUGAAAUCCACAGAGCCUCCUUUCUCAGAUAUUAACAGAUCGGAUUUGACUAAAAUAACAGUUUCUUCUUUAGAAGACAAAAUGGAGCUGUGUGAAUCUGGAACACCAGAUCAGGUGCAGUCUACUUUUUCUGCCACACGGGCAAAGGAUACAAUAGCAGAUCAUUUCAAAAACGAGAAUGAACAAGUUUCAGUUGUUCAAAAAAGUGAUGGAGGAAGUUCACUCACUGGAGCCCCUUUAAAGAACAUUGAUCUACAAAAGCUGCACGGCCACACAUCUGCCAUUGGGGAACUCACAAAGGUCAAUGAUGAUGGAACAAUACAGAGCUCAAAUUCAACCUUUACUCAAAGCCAGGAGGUAUUUGACAGAAAGUUAAAAGAGCAACUAGAGUUUGUGCUGGAUAAAAACUUAGAGAAGUAUAUGUGUAACGGUCUGAAAACACAAGACCGAACCCAAGAGAAGGUUGGUAUUGCCCAAAAUGAACGUUUACAUCCUGAGCUAAAGACUGAAAAGAACAUAUCAGUUAAUGUAGAGGUGUUGGAUGAAUCCAAGAGCAUUUCUCUGUUCCAAAAUAAUGGAGGCGAUGAUAACCUUAUCCAAGAACACACCAACAUGAGAGGCUUGAGUGGGGGUCUUGGUUACGCUUCAGAAAAUGUUCCAAAAAUCCAGAUUUCUGACACAGAUGAUAUCUCAGAUAAAAAACUUUUUACAGAAGAUUUUAGUCCUGAUAACUAUGUUGGAUUCCCCAAAACUAAAAUAAUUGACCCUGAGAUUAAAGAAACUACCUUGCCUCUAACUAUUUUGGCUCUAAGCAAACUAGAAUCAAGUCAUUUGCAAAAGCAUGACACAACUCAUGAAUCAGAUAUAAGCACUCAACACGACAGUGAGCCUGAUUGUCCUGUCCCAUUCUCUACACCAAGCAUUCACGACCUCUCACCUACUCAAAAAGUUAAGGAAGUUGCUCAAUCCUUAUUUGAGCAGCAAGAACUACAUGUGCAGAGCAGUGAGAAGCCUCAUCAGUUGGACAACACAUCAAUCCCUGUUAUAAAUGUCAUGGACACAGAAGACAAAGAAAAUGGUGCACUCAGCACUGAUUCAAAGGUGCAACAGGUUUGUGAAGUUUCAAGGGUGCCUCUUAUUGUGGUCCCUCCAAUUUCUGUCACUUGUCAUGAAAGUGAUUCUGAACCCAGUCAGAGCAAGUGUAGAGAAAAAGAAACCUCUGCUGACACGCAAAGAGGAACAAAGAGUGUUGAUAACACCAUGAAGUCUGAAAGAAUUCAGACAUGUGGCAGUAAUGAUAUUUCUGAAAAGAGUAGAAGCGAUAAGACUCCAAUAAUGCUUUCUGAAACUUUGAUACCAAUAGUUGGUGUCAAUGUUCAGUCACUUAAUGAACCACCAGAUAAAAACUCUGGCCCUGACCUCUCUAAACCAAAACCCUUGAAGGAAAUCAAGACAGAGAUUCCUCAGUCGGUUGAAGAUUACCUGAAAAGCAAACCUUCCAUAGAAAGACUCAGCUCCAAACCGCCAACAUACCCAUCAUUAAGUCCCGCCAGCCUUCGGAAAUUUAUGACAAAAACUGUUUUGGAUUCCGAAAAUGACCCUUCAUCAUCUGUUCCUGUGAUAUCUGUGAGUGACCAUCAGAGUGACAAGACCGAAGAAGAUCUCAGUGGGGGUUCAACACCAACGUCCUCCCUCUCUUGUGAAAGCAGUCCCCGGCUGAAACGGAGGGACAGUCUGACCCUCAUAAGGUCCGCCACGCCUGAAGAGCUGGCCUCUGGAGCUCGACGCAAAAUCUUCAUAUCCAAGACAAAAGAGGAGAUGGAGGGAUCUAUGUUUGGCAUGCAAGAUAACAAGAAGGAGAGCCCAUACAUGUCACCUAGUCAGGCCCGCAGAGCAGCAUUACUGCAGCCUUCAAUAGGACAAAAGACCCCACCAGUAGAGAGACGCUCCCCGCUGCUGAGCCGCAGAAAAGCCACUUUAGAUGUCCCAAAAGUUAUGGAGGAGCCGUCAGCAGGAGAGCCAGUGGGCAGCAAGACAGAAGACAAACUAGCAGAAAAGAAAAUAGACCCUUUGAAAGCUCCUCAGGUUAUACGUAAAAUCCGGGCAGAGCCCUUCCCAGAUGCCUCAGGACACCUCAAGCUGUGGUGCCAGUUCUUUAAUGUGCUCACUGACUCCACUAUUAAGUGGUACAAAGAUGAUGAUGAAAUACUAGAAAUUAAGAGAAGUGGAGGAGAUGAAAGCCAGGUAGCACUGGCUAUUGUCCUCGCAUCCAACCAAGACUGUGGUGUUUAUGGCUGUACUAUCAGUAAUGACUACGGGAGUGACACCACUGACUUCCUGCUCAGCAGCGAUGUUCUAUCUGAAAUACUACUAAAAGACGACUUGGAAGUUGGAGAGGAGAUAGAGAUGACCCCUUUGCUGUUCACCAGAGGCCUGGCAGACUGUGGAAGCUGGGGCGAAAAGUACUUUGGUCGUAUUUUUACAGAGGCACUUCAAGUUGGAGAGGGCUGUACGCACAAAACCAGCAGGGUGAAGGUCAUUUACGGCCUGGAUCCUGUCUUUGAGUCUGGGAGCACUUGCAUCAUUAAAAUUCAAAACCCAAUCGCCUACGGGAACAGACAGGAGACCAACCUCAUUGAGAGAAAUCUAGAUAUUACCAAGCAGGAAUGCAAAGUGCAAAACUUGAUCCGAGAAUAUUGUAAAAUCUUUGCAGCCGAAGCAAGAGUUAUUGAAAACUUUGGCUGCUCCUUAGAAGUGAUUCCAAGGUAUCUGAUGUACAGACCAGCAAACUCUGUGCCAUAUGCCACUGUGGAGGCUGAUCUUUCUGCUGAUCUUUCUGCCACAUUCACCAAGUACUGCACAAUGGGUCCCAAAGAUCAGCUGAUUUCACAAAACACCUCCGAAAUUGAGCAGAAAUGCUGCACCUUCCAGCACUGGAUCCAUCAGUGGACUCAUGGAAAUUUGCUGGUGACUCAACUAGAGGGCGUUGAAACAAAACUAACAAAUGUUAAAGUUGUGACCAAGUCGAAAGGAUACCAAGGACUAACAGAAUGUGGCUCCCCUCAAGUAUUUGAUCAGUUCCUGACACACCAUCAGUGCACUUACUACUGUGGACUUCUUGGCCUGCGCCCUCUAAGGUCUUUAGAUACUCUGCAGCAGCCCGCCAAAAUAAAGGGCUCCAAAAGUCCACUGCUUAACCGCAAGUUGAGCACUGGGAGCCCACAGCUUCAACGAAAAGGCCAAAGCCCUCAGAUGUCUAGAAAGGGGAAUUCCAGUCCAAAGGUUGCAAAAAAAGUUCAGGCAACAGACGACAGUAAGACUGGAGGGGAGAUAAGCCUGCAGAGAGUCAAUCUGUCACUGAAAUGAGGUAGAAAAGUAAAAACUCUCUUGGAUUGUAGCAUUUUUGAUUUAGUAUAACCAGUCUCUUUCCAGUUAUCAAGAGCACCAAAUAUCUGAUAAGAAGGGAAAUAACAGGGGUCACUCUUAUUGAUGUUUCUUGUUAUAAGAAAUCUGAAUGAAGACAUCCACUUCUGUCAGUAUGUUGGAGACAACAGGAUAUUUUUUAUGGUAUUGUUUUGAAAUAUGUCUCAGAGUUGUUGUAUCAAGACAUUUAAAGAGUGAAAACGCAAUGGCAUAAAACUGUUACAACUAAACGUCUAAAAGUCUUAUCUGCUGGGUGAAUGAAAGAACAUUAUUGAAGAAAAUACAUUAGAUAGAGAUGUGAUUACAUAUUUAAAAAUUAAAAAAUAUAACUGACCACAACCAUAGAUUAGGUGUAUGUGUUAUUAGUAGGUAGGAUUAUUAGUAACAAACACAUUCUUAUUUGUAAUGUGACGUAUACAGAGGCAGAGGGUUACUUUGGGAGAAAUCCUCUGCAGAUCUUUAUGCUACACAUGCUAGAAUUAUUAAUGAUGAAGAAUAAAAGCCUAAUUUUUAGUUAUUGGUUGAGUAAAAGCAGAUAUUUUGGCAUUAUUUUCAGUAAAUUUCCAGUAUUUUCUGUGUGGUUAAUAAAAAUGUUCAUAGAUCCCAACCUUUACUGUACUUUACAAAAAUCCUGAUUAAAAGAGCUGACAAAUAAAAAGCAAAAUAAAUAAAUAAAGCUUUGAUAGCAUUUCUUGCAUUUCAAAUUCUAAAAUGCAGAAGUAGUUUACUGGAAAUGAGGAUUAGCAUUAAAAAAGACACAUUUCCUGCUUGUCAUAACUUUCCACAGAUUGUUAAAUUCUAACAGAGAUCGCGACCUUCUUCAAAGUAUCAAAGUCUGAGCAUGAAAUUCACAGGAAUUUCUGAAGUGGACUCAUAGUUAAUGAUUUAUAAAAAUUCAAAUAUAAAGUCUACAGUAAAGUUAAGUUGUCUUUGAAAGACUUCCUAAAUGGCAUGAAGUCUUCACAAAGAAACUUUGAAGGGAAUCCUUUCUAAAGGUGAAAUAUCAUACAGUGAUGAUGCAAUGAUGUGAAAUUGUUUUAAAGGCAAAUAAAAUCAAAGGGUUAAA